CUUUAUUUAUAUUAUGGAUUUGAAAAACUUACUUUGCAACAAGUCAUCUACCUUGACAGUACCAGCUGAUAUGGUUCCUUACCAUGAUCAUCAUCAAGAAGUAUGCUUAAGAUCACCUAUGAUAACAUUUGGAGAAUUUAAAGAUAAUUGGUCAUAUUCUGAAGACAUCACUAAUAGUCGACAUUCAACUCCAUCUCUAUCAUCAUGCUCUUCUACUGUUAGUUCACCUACAACAAUAUAUUUAUCUCAUCAUCAACAACAACAACGUACGCCAGCAACAAUUUCAUCUCCAUUAAUGUCAUCAUCAUCAUCAAGUCCUCAAACACGUACACCAUGGACUUCCUCUGAAGAUUUUUUAUUACAAAAAGGAUAUGCUGAAGGAUUAUCAUGGGCAUUAAUUAGUUCUACCUAUUUACCACAUCGUUCACGUGGAUGUUGUUGGGGUCGAUUCAAGACUUUACAAGCAAAAAUGUCUGAGCAUAGAGAAUGGUCCACAACCGAAGAUCAUGUUUUGUUGUUGGCGAUUAAGAAACAUGAUAGAUUAUUUAAACAAGCUUGGAAAGCAGUGGCACGAGAAAUGGGGAAUCGUAAUUGGGUGGAUUGUGAAAUGCGGUCAUUUAAAUUAUCGAGGGCUGUUCGAAAGCAACGCCAACGAGCCUGUCCCUAUUGAAUUUCUUUUUUUCUUUCCUUUUUUUUUUUUUUUUUUAUGUUUUACUCUCUCUCUCUCUCUUUUUUUUUUUUUUUUU